GAUCGCAAACGCGUGCCUGUGGCUUGCGCGCGGGCGCGAAGCCUUUCGGCUGCGCAGCGCUGUCACAAGUCGCGACCCCGACGCGUCUGGCAGCGCGCUCCAAAAUCACGCGUAUUCACGCGACGAGACCUAGUCGAUCCACUGAAACAUCAGGUGGCUAUCAGAAUAGCCGGGCGAGCCACCUGUGCGUUGAGCUGAACAAGGAGUUCCGUGCAUGCGCAAGCCUGGACGAGCUCAAGUCUGCCUACGAAAGCGGGUCCUCGCAUAUGGACUCUGUGAACGUUGCGACGCUGUGGUACCAAAUUGUCGUCUUCGCGAAGCCCCACAACUUCACCGCAUGCCAGCAAUUUGCGCGGAGUCUGCUCGGGAAGACGCUCGCGUUUGUACCUACGAUGGAGCUGCGGCCGCUAGCGAAUGUGCUGUACGCGAUGGGCAAGCUUCGGCUGGACCUGGCGUCAGAGCCCACAGGCCCCUACCUCACGUCGCACGUGGAGGAGCGCGUUGCAGAGCUGCUGGAUAAGGAGGGCUUCCACAACGAAAAGGACAUCGGGCAACUGUGGUACGGCCUGGCCCUGUGCAAAUACAAGUGGGACAGCGGGUUGCUGACGCGACUGGCUGCCGGCACCAUUGAGGAAAUGGAGGCGUGGGAGGGAUUGGCGGGCGCCGGCGAUGCUCUCGCCAACAUGGCACAGCUAGCGGAGUCGAUCUCCCUUACACCCCAGCAGAAGGCCGAGCUGGUGCGAGCCAUCGGCGUGCUGACAGACCGUGUCGACGAAGAGCGGAAGUGCUUUCAAGCUCUGACGGGCAUGGCGUGGGCCACUCAGCGCCUGCAGCUGCCCAUGCCGAAGCAGCUGCUGCGCCGCCAAGUCAACCUGCUUCUCGCAGCCCCCAGGCCAAUCAAUUCCGAUCGCAGCACGCGUGCGCACUUCUCGCACUUCUUCAGGCACUGCGCCAAGCUGGGGCUCACGCCCGACUCCCCAGCGGAGGCGCAGGCCUGGUUUGACGUGCUGAACGACGCCGGGCCUGCGGAGUGGAAUGUGGACGAAAUUCGGUGGGGGCUUGGGACGCUGGUGUCAUGCAACACCUACUCGCCCUCGCCCGAGGCAAAGCAGAUGGUUCAGCGGGCCGCGGCCUCCAAGGGCGUGCGGUCCGCGGCGGACGUGCGUGUGCUACUAGAACUGUCCGAGGCGUGGGGCAUUGCGCUGCCGGUAGAGGUGCGCGCUCGUUUAGUGCGCAUUCGUGGCAGCGGCGGUCCCAAGCCGUAGCGAAUUGUGUCAGGGGGCUGUGAUAAAGGCAGAUGCAGUAUACCGGUAGCAUGCACAGAUGCACUGCCCCGCUGAUGCCUCAUUGAUACGGUAGCAAUCGGUAUUUGACAUGCCGUCUAGUUGUGGCUGCAGGGGCUAGCAGGGGAUAAAAGCUAGGGUAGAAGAGAUUGCGGUUGCAAGUGUGGAUGGAAGGGAAGAAAACGUCGGAUGGUGUUUGCAAGGGGUGUUGAAAUGGCAGUGGCAAAAGUGAGCACCGAGGAGCAGCUUAAUGAGCGGUGCUGCGGUGUUCUGCGGUGUUCGCGUGUGGGGCGGGUCGCUUGCACAUGCGAGGCAGUGGGUACAGAAGCGCAUGCUGGGCCGCUUUGAGCCGAGUACGGUAAUAGGCGUUUGGCCGCCGCGUGCCGUUUUAGUUUGUGGCCACGGGUCUUGAAUGUGGUGAAUUCAUGGGCUUACGUGUUUGUGACAUCUCAAGGGCCUGGUAUGCAUGUCGUGGAUCUCCCCAUGCACAGUACGUGUGAGGACAGUGGUGUUGUCACUGUUGUGUGACGGGGUUUGGUGCUGUUGCUUCGACUGGUAGAUAUUGUUGCGGGCAAUAGAUGGCAGGCGCAACACUUCUAGACAGCGCUGCCCGAGGUCCGCUGCACGCUGCGGUAGUAUGCGCCUGUGUGGUGGUACCGUGUGCAUGGGGCGAGUGAAGGAGCUCUGUUUCAUAUUGCAAGUUUGCUGGCUCCA